AUGGGUGUGUGUGUCCUGCUCCUGUUGCUCAGUGUGGCCCUCAGGGUCUCCAUCUCGGCCCAGGUACCACCUCCCACCCCCACAGGAGGUCCAGUCCCCACUGCCAAAUCCAAGGACCCUCCCGCCACCACCCUCCCCAAUGUUCCCUUGACAACAACCAUCGCCCCCCCUCCUCCCCCUCAAACAACCACAGCCCCGAAGGUUGCCGCGACAACAAUGACAACUACCAGAACCGUGGAUGGUGUCAUAUUGACUGCAGGCCCAAGUGGUGCCACCCCUGCGCCCGUCCCCCCUCCACCACCACCUGGCCCAACUGAAGCCCCCAAAAUCCCCACAGGCGUGAACUCCACCACGCAGCCCCCACCUGCUUCAACCACAAUCAGUCAGGUGGUGGAGAAGAAGACACCGAUGACACACCCAUCAUUGCGGUGA